AUGGGAAACAACAAGAGUACCGAGGCUGGGAAGGACGAACGGGACAAGAAACCCCGAAUAGGCUCACUGCCGGAAGACAAAAAUGAUCGACGCAGCGGAGCAAAGCGUAGUGCGCAGAGCGCUAGGGCUUCAAUGUCAAGCCAGGGCAACCGGAAGCCAGUUUUGAACGCGGCUCAGCGUACGAUAAUCAAGUAUUGUCUGGAUAAUGCUAAGGAGGAUAUCGGAGACCGUAUCCUGCGCCGUGCCGUAGAGCGCAAAGAAGAAUUCCGUAGCUUUAUGGACAAUCUACCAAGGGAACAGCGCAUCCAAGUCGCUGAUGGCCUCAAACGAUUCCUCCGUGACAUCUGCGAGAAUUUAAUGGAUUCAGAAAAUAUUGAGAAGAAAGCCGGUGACUUCGGAGCCACCCAUGUACAGUAUCGCGUCGUCGGCUUCAAACCGGACUAUUUUGUGUGCACAGCCGACGCUGUCACCACCGAAUGUACAUUUCUCGACGCAGCCACCCAUGGAGCUAGCGAAACCGCAGCAGCCUGGUCCCAGCUGACCUCGUUCGUCUUCUCGGCCGUGCGAGAUGGGUACUACCAGCGACUGCGCGAGCACAGAAAGGCGUCAAGCGCUUUCCGCAAUCGUCAGUCGUUCGAUGUAUCGACAGAUGGGUCGACAAAUAAUGAGGAUAGUCGGAGAUCGGCGAGUCCUAAUGACGGAUCUGGAGGAUCUUCUGGACCGUCAAAUUCAGGUGCUGGAGGUUCACAACAAGAUCUAGACGUUCAGUGCUCAUCUCAAGAGAUCCCAUCCCAUUUCCUUUGCCCUCCAAGUGCUUAU